UUCUCAAGCUCCUCAAGCUUUUGUCACCACUUCAUAUUUGUUAUUUUGCUUAUCACAGUGCCUUUAGCUAAGGUUUUUUCUCCUCUAUAUCAAAUCAUGGAUAUUGAGUCAACAAUGCCAGUAAACAAAGCUGGAUUUUUAGCCAGCCUCAAGGCUUUGCCUACAAACUCCAAGUCCAAGGUUAUCAAUGCUGCAAGAAGUAUAAAGAAAAUUGGACAAGAUGAUCCGCGACGAGUUAUUCAUUCGCUAAAAGUGGGGCUUGCCCUCACAUUGGUGUCCUUGUUUUACUACUUGAGGCCUCUUUAUGAUGGUCUCGGAGUUACGGGAAUGUGGGCUGUUCUUACUGUGGUGGUGGUGUUUGAAUUCACAGUAGGUGCAACACUCAGCAAAAGCUUAAAUAGAGGAUUUGCUACACUAUUAGCAUGUGCUUUAGGGGUUGGAGGUCAUCACUUAGCUACUGCUUUUGGAGAGAGAGGAGAAGCAAUUAUCAUUGGGACCCUUGUCUUCAUUCUAGCUGCAGGGUCUACAUUUCUCAGAUUUUUUCCCAGGAUCAAGGCUAGAUAUGACUAUGGGAUGGUGGUUUUUAUAUUAACAUUCUGUUUGGUUGCGGUUUCGGGGUACCGAAUUGAGGAACUCUUUGAGCUAGCCCAUCAGAGACUAUCAACAAUCAUAUUAGGGGCUGCAACCUGCAUGGUCAUCUCCAUAUUCAUUUGUCCAGUGUGGGCAGGAGAGGACCUUCACAAAUUGAUAGCUUCAAAUAUCGAAAAGCUAGCAAAUUACCUAGAAGGGCUUGAAGGCGAAUAUUUUCAUUGCUCAGACGAUAAAGAAAAAUCUAAGUCCCUUCUUCAACAAUAUAAAAGUGUUCUUAAUUCCAAAACUACUGAAGAGACAUUGGCAAAUUUGGCAAGGUGGGAACCAGGUCAUGGCAAUUUUAGUCUUCAUCACCCUUGGAAGCAAUACUUGAAGAUUGGAACGCUUGCUAGAGAAUGUGCUUACAAGAUUGAAACUCUUAACAAAUACCUCAACCCUGAAAUCCAAUCAUCUUUGGAAUUCAAGUAUAAAGUGGAAGAAUCAUGCAUGAAGAUGUGUUCAGAGUCCAACAAGGCAUUAAAGACAAUAUCUUCGUCAAUCAAAACAAUGACAGACCCAUCGGCCGCUAAAAGCCACAUUGCAAAUUCAAAAACUGCAAUCAAAGACCUCAAAAUUGCACUGGAAACUAUUUCGUUUGAAGAUGCGGAAGUCUUUGAUAUAAUCCCAAUUGCUGCAGUUGCAGCAAUACUUGCAGAAAUCACCAAGUCUGUGGAGAAAAUUUAUGAAUCUGUUUCUGAGCUUUCUGAUUUAGCUCAUUUCAAGAGUGUAGAACCCAAUGUCUCACCAGAGAAACCAGCCCUACUUCAUCGAGGAAUCAUAAAUCCUGUUGCGGACAAUGAAAAGGAAGAUCAUGUUGAAAUUAUAAUCCAAGAGAUGAGUACAGACUCCCCAGAAAAAGAAAAAGAAAAUCCUCUGAACGUUUGUGCAGCUGUAAUUAGUUGUAAUUAACAUGAGAGAGACUAGGAAGUUUUCACUCAACUUUUUUAUUCCUUGGUUGAGUAAAUAUCCUUCUAUCUAAAGUUUAUAGUAACUUGGAAUGCUCCAAUAUUAAGUUGAGAAGCUCCCUCAAUCUUGUUUCUUCUUUACUUUUUCUUGGAUGUUAUGUUGUUACGGUUUCAAAUUGCGCCCCACAACUGUAAUUGCAGGAUCGCUAUAGCGGUCGCAAUGUAGUGGAUUUUGGUGUCUCCUCAUCGGCAUCAUGAUCGCAAUUGUGGCCGCAUCAAUGCACAUUUGUCCAUGAUUUUGCAACGCAGCGACAACCCCCAUUUAAAACUUGGUUGCUAACUAAUUAUGCUAGCUGUUCAUUUUUAUUUUACUUAAUCAGAUACCUAA